UCUACAACUUAUUUCUACAGUCCUCGAGACUUGGACUUGAUGAUUCGAGUAUAUAAUCGGAGGCUCUGAUCUGAAUACAUUGUAUCUGCCGUGGAACAUAAGUUCAACGUGUUUUCAACGAUGUAGAUUCAGCUAGAACUAUCGACUAAAAAAAUUCUCGAGAAACUCGUAGUGACGCUUGAAGAAUCCUUUGUCAGACUUGUGAAGAUUUUAAUAGUACUCGAUACCUAGGUAGUGGAUGAUAGUUAUAACCUUAUUGAUUUAUUUAUUUACUUGUGUAUUUAGACUGAAUUCACUCACGCAUUCACUCAUUCAUCACAUCCCCUUCACAAAACCGCCUUCUCAAACCAUCAACACGGCAUGAGUUCACCAAACACCACACCAACUCCCUCUACCCCUACCCCACCCUCUACAAAACCCUCUACAUCACUAAUCCGCUCCCCUCGCUACUACAUGCUAACCGCCUUCACCAACCGUCUCCUCCCCCUCGCUCUCUUCACAAUCCUCCUGAUCACCGGUACCGUGAUCCUCAUCUAUACCGUUGUAGAUAAAAAAGUUUUGCCCCCUCGAUAUAUCGUCGCUUCUUAUAUUACUAUUGCCGUUAUUGUUGGAUUGUGGUGUGCAUUGCGGAUGAUACUUUUUUUGAGAAGACAAUUUGGGGGGAUGCGUACGGAUGAUCCGGAAAGGGGGUUACGGAUUGGGAUCGAGGGGCAGGGGGGAAGUGGAAUCGAUGCGAUUAAUAGGUUAUGGGGAAAGAAAGAGCGGAGAGUGAAAAAGUGUUUGAAGUGGUUGAAAGAGACUGGUAUGUUACUUGGAAAAUUUAGCGCAAGAAACCAUAGAAUUGGAAAUGGAGACGGAACGGAAUCAGAAUCAAGUCAAAACGACAUCGCAAUCGCCAACUCAUCAAACACCUCACAAGCAGACCAUCCAAUACAAACCCCACAACCAGCACACAAAGCCAUCCCAUUACGAGAUUUCCCUCCUCCAACUACUCCGGAUCCUCCUUUCCUAAUAAUAUCCCCACUACAAAUCACAGACCCUUCACUUCCCAUACCAGCAAAUACACAUGUUCGUCCCUCACGACCACGAAGUUACCCCGUCGAUGCAGGACUUAACCAUUUAUCGCAAAUACAUACUGCUGUGCAUUUAUCUUCUCAUAAACGGACCCGCGUCACCCGAUCUAGAGAUGUUAGGGGGUUUGGUGGUAUUGGUGUGGGUUUUUGGAGAAGGGGAUUAGUUUAUGUUUUUGGGGGAUAUGGGAUUACGGUGGGGAAUUUAUUGGGGUUGGGGAAUUGGGGGUUGUGGUUAGUUUUUGUGUGUGUGGAAAUUUGAGGAGUUCGUAAUAAGUGGUUAGAUUAUUAUUUGUAAUUAUUUUUAUAUGCGCUGAUUAAUGUGAAUACGAUUAUCAUCGGUUUUAUAACUGUAGUUUAUACCUUCACAAUAAGAUUCUAUCAUUACCCAA